AUUAGCCAAUAAAUUUAUUAAUUAAACGUUACGUGGAGUUAAUGAUUAAUAAUGACUUCCGUGUCAAUAGACAUUCCAGCAUUUUGUCGUAUAUCAGUAACUUAUGCCAGUUUAUUUUUAUAAAUACUGCGAUGUUGUGUAUUUGAUGCAAUAUUAGUAAAUAAUUAUUGAAAAGAAAUGAAUGAGGAAUGUAUAUAAGGAAAACGGCAAAAAAGAAGAAUGUACAAAGUAGAGAAGAAAUAAAUUUCAUUGAAUUUGUAGAGAUUAAUAAAAUUCAUUGGAAAUGAAGAAAUAUCUGUUUUGGUUCGCUCAUGAACACAUUGAUUUUCGAUUACCUGAAAUGGAAUCUAUUUUUUAUAUGUUCGGUAUGAAGUUACCUCCAAUUUCUAAAAGAAAUCAACCAUAUUGGAUAGUCGAUAUAUCGUCUGAAAAAACUGUACAUAAGAUAGCUAGUAGGGCAGUAUCUCUUCGAUUUUGUCUUGAACUUUGGGCAAAUGGAAGGAAUAAUGAAGAAUUGCAUAAUAAUUUAAAAACUUAUCCUUCAGAACAAAUUAAAUUGUACGCAGAUAAAGAAAAAUCUUUUAAAAUUAUUGUGGAAACAUUUUGUAAACAUUUUUCACAGUGUGAAAAGAUACAAAAAAUUGAAUCUUUCAGUUAUUUACCAUUGCAAGGACCUGUUAAAUUGAAGAAUCCAGAUACCACCUUAUAUUACAUAGAGUUCUAUGGCUUAGAUCCUAAUGAGAUUCCAGAUAAACCUUAUGAAUUAUUUUUUGGCAGAUGGAUUGCGCAUGGACAAAGAGAUUUGAUACAAAAAUUUUCUUUGAAAAGGAGAAAAUUUAUAGGUAAUACUUCGAUGGAUCCUCAACUAUCAUUGAUCAUGGCAAAUCAAGCUUUGAUUAAAACAGGAGAUAUUGUUCUUGACCCUUUCGUUGGUACCGGUUCUUUGUUAGUUGCUGCAUCUCAUUUUGGGGGCUAUACAUUAGGAACAGAUAUAGAUUUUUUGAUGCUUCAUGGACGUACGAGACCUACUCGUAUAAAACAAAAAAUCAGGGAAAAGGAUGAAAAUGUAGCUGCAAAUAUGGAACAGUAUGGGAGAAGUUCUUAUUAUAUUGAUGUAGUGAUAUCAGAUUUUUCUUAUCCUUUAUGGAAAUCAGAUAUGUUUAUAGAUGCUAUAAUUACUGAUCCACCUUACGGUAUAAGAGAAUCAACUGAACGUAUAGGAACAAUGAAAGCAAAUCCUGUGAUCGAAGAACAUCAAGUAUCAACUCAUAUUCCUUCCAAAGUCGAAUAUGGUUUACCACAAAUAUAUAAAGAUUUAUUAAACUUUGCAUCAAAACAUUUGAAAAUUACUGGUAGAUUAGUAUGCUGGUAUCCAAUAUUUAGAGAUCAAUAUUCCACGGAUCAGUUACCCAUACAUCCUUGUUUACGGUUAAUAGCCAAUUCAGAACAGGUUCUUAGUAAUUAUACAAGUCGUAGAUUAUUAACUUAUGAAAAAGUAAAAGAACCACAGGAAACCGAUGACAUAAACUCUAUAUGUUUAACCGAUUUCCGAGAAAAGUAUUUUGCAUUAAGAGAUGAAACGCGGAAAGAAAGAAGAAUGAAAAAAGCCAUAGAAAGAGCAAAGAAAAAAGAAGACUGGGAAAAAAGUAACGGUGAAAGUAUGGAGAGAUGACCAUACAAUGAUUUUUUAUGUAACAGAUUUUUCAGCUGAUAUUUUAUAGUAUCUGUGCUGUUAUUAUCAACAUAGUUUAAUUAUUUUUAUUGAAAAGCACAAAAUAUAUUUGUGUACUAUAUGUUAUUAA